AUGGCCACGUGUUUUUUCCGAAGCUGCACUGCCCCCGUGGACGACUCGACACCAAACGCGUGGCGGUGCAAGUUCCAUCGUGGCCGAAGUCGGUGCCUCGUCCACGACUGCGACAACCAAGCCUACGCCCGAGCGCUGUGCGUCCGCCACGGCGGCAAAAUCGUGUGUCGACACCCGGAGGGGUGCCAAGCUCGAGCGCGCGUCGGCGACUUCUGUCCACGGCACGGCGCCACCCGAGCCAAGGUGUUGUGCGCCCAAGUGGGGUGCACGAACGUCACUCAACUGCGCGGACGGUGCGUCAAGCAUGGCGGGGGUCGCGUGUGCAAAUGGGGCGGCUGCAGCACGUUCGCCAGGCAAGGCGGGUACUGCACCCGGCACACGCGCCAGAUCCACAAAACACAUGCAGCCCAGGUGGCGUCCUCAUUGUGUUUGGAAGCCCCGUGGACAUGGGCGAAGCAAAGUCACGGGCAAGGAGGGGGGGUGGAGGGGGGGUGCUGGAUCACAGAAGACGACACCAGCAGCGCCGCCGCCGACGACGAUGACGACGGGCUGCUUGAUUCGAUUGAUUGGGGGAUGUACGACACUGACGAAGAUGAUUUUUUUUCGUCACUAAGUGGCCAAGAACAACACGUAGUACGAGAUCGAGGCGACAGCUUUGACGGGGAGAUUCUGUACCUGCUCCUGAAUCUGUAA